UGUAACGCACAACAACAACAACAAGAAAAACAAAUACAGUGGGAUAAAGGGGGGCUGAGGCAGAAGACGAAGAAUUAAAAUUUGUGCUUUCAUUAGCAAACUUGCUGCAACUGUGCCCGCUCCGAAAGCAACUGCAACUAAAACAAAGCAACAACAACAAUAAAAAUAACAAUAACAACAAACAACAUACAACAAAGAGUUAGAGCUCUGUGUACAACCGUAACAACAGCUACAACAACGUCGCUGCCACGCCCACAACGCUCAACACCAGCGCUCAGAGGGAAAUGAGAUGAAGUGGUUUCAAGUGACCAUAGAUAUGAUUCUUGUGCUUUCAUUUAUAUCAAGCAGCACAGCGAAUCCGGAUGCGAAGCGACUGUACGACGAUCUGCUUAGCAAUUACAACAAAUUGGUGCGUCCCGUUGUAAAUGUCACAGAUGCGCUGACGGUGCGCAUCAAGCUGAAGCUAUCGCAACUGAUUGAUGUCAAUCUGAAGAAUCAAAUAAUGACCACCAAUCUGUGGGUGGAGCAGUCCUGGUACGACUACAAGCUCAAAUGGGAGCCCAAGGAAUAUGGCGGUGUCGAAAUGCUUCAUGUGCCCUCCGAUCACAUCUGGCGACCAGAUAUUGUGCUCUACAACAACGCCGAUGGCAACUUCGAGGUGACGCUGGCGACAAAGGCAACAUUGAACUACACAGGGCGCGUGGAGUGGCGACCACCGGCCAUUUAUAAGAGCUCCUGCGAAAUCGAUGUCGAGUAUUUUCCAUUUGAUGAGCAAACAUGCGUCAUGAAGUUCGGCAGUUGGACUUACGAUGGAUUCCAGGUGGAUCUGCGUCACAUUGAUGAACUGAACGGCACCAAUGUGGUUGAAGUGGGCGUGGAUCUCUCCGAGUUCUAUACGUCCGUUGAAUGGGAUAUACUCGAAGUUCCUGCAGUGCGCAAUGAGAAAUUCUACACGUGCUGCGAUGAGCCAUAUCUGGACAUAACAUUCAACAUCACAAUGAGACGAAAGACGCUCUUCUACACGGUCAACCUGAUCAUACCCUGCAUGGGCAUCAGUUUUUUAACCAUAUUGGUCUUCUACCUGCCAUCGGACAGCGGUGAAAAGGUAUCAUUAAGCAUAUCCAUUCUACUGUCGCUCACUGUGUUCUUCCUGCUGCUGGCGGAAAUCAUUCCGCCCACGUCGCUGGUGGUGCCGCUGCUCGGCAAAUUUGUGCUCUUCACAAUGAUACUGGAUACGUUCAGCAUCUGUGUUACAGUCCUGGUACUGAAUAUCCAUUUCCGGUCACCGCAGACACAUACGAUGGCUCCGUGGGUGCGUACGGUGUUCAUCAAUCAGCUGCCGCGCUUUUUGGUGAUGCGUCGACCGCUCUAUCCGAUCAGCGAGAUGAUCAAGUCCUCACGCCGUCUCAUGGUGCGCACAUGUAACGGUCUCGAGCUCAGGGAUCAAAUACCACCGCUGCCACCACCCGUCGCCCUAUCCCGCAUGCAUCAUAGCCCCAAGACGACGUCGCGCAGCACCUCGCCACAUCUACAGCAUCGAGUCCAGGCCAUGAACUUGAUGGACGACCUGGGCACUGUUGGUGGCAUGGGCAUGGGAAUAGGCAUGGGUGGGGGUGGAGGUGGCGCAUCAACGAUCACUGGGCAUUUGAGCUCGCUGUAUCCGCCAACUAUCUCGACAGUGAAUCAACAGACCUCGACAACAUCCUCGCUCAUCGAUGCACAGUAUCACAAUCAGUACCAGCAGACAGGCGGAUCCCUGCUGGAUCAUCCGCUGACGCCGACCAAGUUCCGGCAGAUGACCUCAACCUCGAGUCAGACGGCCCAGAAUGGUGCCGGUCAUCAUCACUACAGUGCGGGAGGCGGUUGUGGUGGCGGUGGGAGUGGUGCUGGCAAAAGUAGCUCCACCUCGACGCUGGCACAUCAGGCGAGUCAGGCGGGCAGUUAUCAUCUGUAUCGGCAGCAGUCGAGCUGCUCGGCAAACUUCUCGCCACUGCCGGUGCAUGCGCAUCAGGCGCAUGCCUCAACGACCACCUGCGACCUGGGCCUGGGCAGUAACCACAAUCCCAAUGUGAUAAAGUCCACGACGACGGUCAAUUCGGUGGCCACCGCCUCAACGCUCGCCGAUUCCUGCUGCAGCGGCAUUCAGAUUCAACACCAGGGCAUGGGCGCCGGCGCCGCUUGCCAAUCCUCGGAGCUCCUGCAUAUGCAUCGACCCACCACAUCUGCCGCUGCUACGGCAUCUGCAGCCGCGUCUGCAUCGGCUUCGGGCGCAAGCACCUCAGCAGCGGCUGCAGCAGCGGCUGCGUCUGCUGCAGCAGCGGGUGGUGCAACGCCGCCGCCACCACCACCGCCGGCCUGUGAUAUACUGCCCGCCUGUCAGCGCGAAGGCGGUCCCCAUUGCUGUUCGGGGCGUGGCAAUGUCCGCCAGCGCUGGCACACCUGCCCGGAGCUCCACAAAGCCAUGGACGGCGUCACGUACAUUGCGGAUCAGACGCGCAAAGAGGAGGAGAGCACACGGGUCAAAGAGGACUGGAAGUACGUUGCCAUGGUGCUGGAUCGACUCUUUCUCUGGAUAUUCACAAUAGCUGUCGUUGUGGGCACUGCUGGCAUUAUCCUGCAGGCUCCCACGCUCUACGACACUCGCGUGCCCAUUGACAUCAAGCUGUCGGAGAUUGCAUCCACGACGGCUAAACCGAAUGUGGCGAGACCCGUGUUAACGUACCUUUAAAUGGAAAGACGAAAAACAGAAAAUGAACAACCAAC